AUGAAGUCUUCUGUUGUCGCAGCUCUUGGCUGCCUUGCCGGCAGUGCCCUCGGUCAUGGGCAGAUCCAAAACUUCACCCUCAACGGCGCGUACAACCAGGGCUUUAUCCUCGAUUACUACUAUCAAAAGGUCAACACUGGCCACUUCCCCAACGUUGCAGGCUGGUAUGCCGAGGACUUGGAUCUGGGCUUCAUCUCCCCUGACGCCUACACCACGCCCGACAUCAUCUGCCACAAGAACUCAGCGCCUGGUGCAGCCACUGCCACCGCCGCAGCUGGCUCCACCAUUGUCUUUUCAUGGGGCCCUGGCGCAUGGCCACACCCGUAUGGUCCCAUUCUCACAUACGUUGCUCAGUGCAGCGGAUCGUGCACGACCGUGGACAAGACAUCGCUCCGCUGGGUCAAGAUCCAGGAGUCAGGCAUCAACUACAACACCCAAGUCUGGGCACAGCAGGAUCUUAUCAACCAAGGCAGCAAGUGGACCGUAAAGAUCCCAGCAAGUCUCAAGCCUGGAAACUAUGUCUUCCGAAAUGAGAUUCUCGCCGCCCAUGGUGCCUCGAGCCAGAAUGGCAUGCAGAACUACCCGCAGUGCGUCAAUAUUGUCGUCACUGGGUCGGGCACCAAGUCGCUUCCUGCCGGAACCCCAGCAACUUCACUGUACAAGCCCACCGACCCCGGCAUCUUGUUCAACCCUUACCAGACAAUCACCAACUACACAAUCCCUGGCCCAGCCCUGUGGCAAGGCUAA